AUUUAAUUCCUAAGAAACAUUUUAAAAGAAGAUUUUAUUUUCAAUGGCCUUAUAAUUCAAGAAAGCUCUAAUGCUACUAUAUCGUGACAAUGAAUGGAUUUAUUGCCGUUCACUGUGGAGCAGGUUACCACAGUGAUUCUUUAAGAAAAGACUACCAAAGAACUUGCUACCUUGCAUGUCGCAAAGCUGCCGAAGCACUCGUACAAGGUGGAACUGCUGUGGAUGCUGUAGAAAAAGCUAUUAUUGAAUUAGAGAAUAGCCCAUUAACAAAUGCUGGCUUUGGAUCAAAUCUAAGUUGGGAUGGAUUAGUCGAGUGUGAUGCUUCUAUCAUGAAUGGACAAACAUUACACUUUGGUGCAUGUGGUGCAGUGUCCAAUGUGUGGAACCCCAUCACAUUAGCUAAACAGCUUUGUAUUAAACAGUGUGAGAGUUUAUCUUUAGGACGUGUACCACCUUGUAUUCUUACUGGGCAAGGGGCUAAAACUUGGGCUGAAAGAAUGGGCUUGCAAAUAGUUGAAGAAAAUAACAUGAUUUCAAGUCGUGCUCUUCGUAAUUAUAAACAUUGCAAACGAAAAUUAAAAAGGUAUUCUGUUCAAAAUGAUUUAAAAUUCAGCCCAUUGGAUACAGUAGGAGCUAUAUGUGUUGAUGCCAACGGAGUUGUAGCUUCUGGAGCAAGUUCUGGUGGAGUUUCACUAAAACAUGAAGGAAGAGUGGGACAAGCUGCAUCUUUUGGAAGUGGUGUAUGGGCUGCAAUGAGUAGAGACGGAUUGACACCUUCCAUUGCAGCUUGCACUUCAGGUUGCGGCGAACAUUUAAUAAGAACUCAGCUUGCUAAAAAUUCAGCUGAAAGUUUGUUAGAAUCAUCUCCUGUAAUAGGUCUUGACAAAUGUUUGAAAGAAAAGUUUUUGGAAUCACCUUUCUUAUGGGAUAUACCGGAAAGGCUCGGUGGCACAUUGGCUCUCACUUUUAACCCUCAAGUUGGAGAAGGAGAAUUACUUUGGGGUCACACAACAAAAACAAUGUGUGUUGGAUAUAUGUCAACAGAUACGGCUAAACCAAAGUGUGUCAUAUCUUACUUACCACCAAAAGUGGAGUCUGGACGUAAGGCAGUUGUAUCUGGGGUACCAUUCAAAGUGAAUAUGCAACCUGCUCCAGUAUUACAAUGGGAGAUUAAGACUGAACCACACCUCAAUGGAUCUCUUUGACAUACAAUUAUAUUUAUUGCAUUAGCAACUAUAGCUUUUGACCAUACAUGUACAAAUGAAUGCUUUUUAAAUACAUUUUUUAAAUAUGUGAAUAUACAUUGUAAAGUAGUAAACUUAUAGUAAAUAAAAAUGUUGAAAUUUUGUAGCCAUUAAAGUUAAUUUAGAAAUUAAUAUCAAAUUACAUGAG